CCAAUGCCCAAAGACCUUUCUCUCUCCACACAAAAAUAAAAAAGGACAACACUUUAACGGCGAGAAAGACCUGCCGGAAAAUCCAACGCCGGCCAACUACUGUGUCGUUCCUUACUACACUUUCUCUUUCUCACCAUACACCAAGAAAGAGAGAAAGAGAGAGAGAGAGAGAGGAUAAGACGAGGGGGGACGUCGUGUAUGGUGAAACGGCGGCGUUCGGCGAGAGUACGAGGAGGGUGGUCGAAACGGCGUCGUUUGAUGGUGUGAUUAAUCGCAGGCGGCGGAGACUUCUUCUUCUUUUUCUUCUGAGAGAGGAGUCGAUGGGGAAAGUAGUGGUGGGUUUGGCUUUAACCGUUGCUGCGGCGGCGUGUGCGGUGGCGGCGGUGGUUGUGGGUCGGAGAGUUAAGAGUAAGAGAAAGUGGAAGAAAGUUUUGGGUGUGUUGAGAGAGUUAGAAGAGAGCUGUGAUACAACCGUUGGAAGAUUAAAGCAAGUGGUUGAUGCUAUGGCGGUUGAGAUGCACGCUGGGUUAGCCUCCGAAGGUGGUUCGAAGCUCAAAAUGUUGCUCACUUUCGUUGAAAAUCUUCCUAAUGGGAGUGAAAAGGGAACUUAUUAUGCUCUAGAUCUUGGGGGUACUAAUUUUAGGGUCUUGCGGGUUCAGUUAGGAGGUACAAGAUCCUCUAUAUUGGGUCAUGAUGUGGAUCGACGACCUAUUCCCCCAGAAUUAAUGACAAGCACGAGUCAGGAUCUCUUCGAUUUUAUUGCAUUGUCAUUAGUUGAAUUUGUUGAAAGUGAAGAAGAUGGUAUUAAUACUUCACGGGAUAGAGACAGGGAUCUUGGAUUUACUUUCUCUUUUCCUGUGAAACAAUCUUCAGUUUCUUCUGGCAUCUUAAUUAAAUGGACAAAAGGAUUUGUUAUUCCAGAUAUGGUUGGAAAGGAGGUCGCGGGAUGUCUAGAGCAGGCAUUGAGCAGACAAGGUCUAAAUAUGAGGGUGGUGGCACUGGUCAAUGAUACCGUUGGAACUUUAGCUCUAGGACAUUAUCAUGACGCAGACACUGUUGCUGCAGUGAUAAUCGGGACAGGUACAAAUGCCUGUUAUUUGGAACGAACAGAUGCGAUCAUAAAAUGUCAAGGGCUUUUUACAACUUCAGGAGCCAUGGUUGUAAACAUGGAAUGGGGGAAUUUUUGGUCGUCUCAUUUACCAAGAACAACUUACGAUAUUGAUCUAGAUGCUGAUAGCCCUAACCCAAACGAUCAGGGCUUCGAAAAACUGAUAUCGGGAAUGUAUUUGGGUGACAUUGUGAGAAGAGUAAUUCUUCGAAUGUCACAAGAAACGGAUAUUUUUGGAUCUGUUUCUUCCAGAUUAUCAGUGCCCUUCAUCUUAAGGACGCCGUUAAUGGCUGCAAUGCAUGAAGACGACUCUCCCGAUUUGAGAGAAGUGGGAAAAAUCUUACGAGAAAUCUUAGAGAUUCCCGACAUCCCAUUAAAGGUUCGAAAGCUCGUAGUCAAAGUAUGCGACGUGAUUACCAGAAGGGCAGCAAGACUGGCUGCUGCUGGAAUCGCGGGCAUCUUAAAAAAGAUUGGUAGAGAUGGGAGUGGGGGCCUAACAGGUGGAAGGAGAAGCGAUAACAAAAUGAAGAGAACGGUGGUGGCGGUGGAAGGGAGUUUAUACACAAGCUAUACAAUGUUUAGAGAGUACUUGAAUGAAGCCUUGUCUGAAAUACUAGGAGAAGAAGUUGCCCAACAUGUGAUUCUCAAAGUAACAGAAGAUGGAUCAGGCAUUGGAGCAGCUCUCCUUGCUGCAACAAAUUCACAUUCAUCACUACAACAACAACAACAACAACAACCUGUGGAUAGAGUACAGUUGCUAUAAAUAUAUAUAUUGUUCAUAUAAUAUAUAUACAUAUAGCCCCUGUAAAUGUAGAAAGUAUCAUUCUCUAUAAUCUAUAUAUAUAGAUAUAGAUAUAUAAGUAUAUUAUAUAUUAUCUCUUUGUGUAAAAAGAAGGUUUGUCCAUAUAUUUUUUCUUACAUAUCUUUGAUGUUAGCUGUGGAAUUUUUUUUUUGUUAUUAUUAUUUUAUUUUUACAAAAAGGUAUUAAUUUCUAGUUUCGUUA